AACCCAGAGCACUGGCUGUCAAGGAUCCCAUGGUGUUCCCAGGCCCAACCUUGUCCAGAGAAAGGAGACAUCCCACAUGACCUCCCAGCAGAUGCCAGGCCAUCGUGCCUUCCCAUCACUUUCGUAGUCCUUCAAGGUGCAUCUCCUAUCUCCAGCACCCUGACCGGUGGGUGGCGCGGAGGUGGUGGUGAAGGCGGUGGAGGGCGUGGAUCGUAACCCACCCGAGUCUUCCGGAUGCGCGCAGGACCGGACGCUGUAGCCAUGGUGAGCGAGUCCCCGGGGCCGGGCGCGGGCAUCCCGUGGAGGCGGAGAGACGAGGCGCUGCACGUGAACGUGGGCGGCGUGCGGCGGCGUCUGAGCGCGCAGGCCCUGGCUCGCUUUCCGGGCACGCGUCUGGGUCGCCUGCAGGCCGCGGCGUCCGAGGAGCAGGCGCGGCGCCUGUGCGACGACUACGACGCGGCGGCGCGCGAGUUCUACUUCGACCGUCACCCGGGCUUCUUCCUGGGCCUGCUGCACUUCUACCGCACGGGCCACCUGCACGUGCUGGACGAGCUGUGCGUCUUCGCCUUCGGCCAGGAGGCCGACUACUGGGGGCUGGGCGAGAACGCGCUGGCCGCGUGCUGCCGCGCGCGCUACCUGGAGCGGCGCGUGGCGCGCCCGCGCGCCUGGGACGAGGACAGCGACGCGCCGAGCAGCGUGGACCCGUGCCCGGACGAGAUCUCCGACGUGCAGCGCGAGCUGGCCCGGUACGGCGCGGCCCGCUGCGGGCGCCUGCGCCGCCGCCUGUGGCUCACCAUGGAGAACCCGGGCUACUCGCUGCCCAGCAAGCUCUUCAGCUGCGUCUCCAUCGGCGUGGUGCUCGCCUCCAUCGCCGCCAUGUGCAUCCACAGCCUGCCCGAGUACCAGGCCCGAGAGGCGGCCGCCGCCGUGGCCGCCGUGGCGGCGGGACGCAGCGCCGAGGAAGCGCGCGACGACCCGGUGCUGCGCCGCCUGGAGUACUUCUGCAUCGCCUGGUUCAGCUUCGAGGUGUCGUCGCGCCUGCUGCUGGCGCCCAGCACGCGCAACUUCUUCUGCCACCCGCUCAACCUCAUCGACAUCGUGUCCGUGCUGCCGUUCUAUCUCACGCUGCUGGCCGGGGCUGCGCUGGGCGACCGGGGUGGGGGUGGCAGCGGCGAGGAGCUCGGGGACCUGGGCAAAGUGGUGCAGGUGUUCCGCCUCAUGCGCAUCUUCCGCGUGCUCAAGUUGGCGCGUCACUCCACCGGGCUCCGCUCGCUGGGAGCCACCCUCAAGCACAGCUACCGGGAAGUGGGCAUCUUACUGCUGUACCUGGCCGUGGGCGUGUCCGUGUUCUCUGGGGUGGCCUACACCGCGGAGGAGGAGAACGUGGGCUUUGACACCAUCCCAGCCUGCUGGUGGUGGGGCACGGUGAGCAUGACUACUGUGGGCUACGGAGAUGUGGUUCCAGAGACAGUGGCUGGCAAGCUGGCAGCCUCAGGCUGUAUCCUCGGGGGCAUCCUGGUGGUGGCACUCCCCAUCACCAUCAUCUUCAACAAGUUCUCCCACUUCUACCGGCGCCAGAAGGCCCUGGAGGCAGCCGUGCGCAGCAGUGGCCAGCGGGAGUUUGAGGACUUGCUAAGCAGCGUGGACGGAGUGUCAGAGGCAUCUCUGGAAACAUCCCGAGAGACUUCUCAGGAAGGGCGGUUUGCAGACCUGGAGACCCGGGCCCCCCACGAACCAGCACAUUCUCACAGUUAUUAAAACCAGGGCUCUGCGCCCCCUCCCCAACAGCCCUAGUCAGUUAACACAGAGCAGAACCUUUCCCAGCUUAGGUUCGCCAAGGGAAUCGUGCCCCUGAGAAAUGAGAAGAGGCAGCCAACCUUUCUCCAGAGGUCCAGGGCAGGAAAGCGAUCCCCAAGAUGCCAGCGGGUCCCAAGGUGCCAUGGUCCUGCACAGCACCCGGGCACGAGGGAGAAAGAGAAAGGGUGCUGGCCAUGUGUAUCCACGAUUGAGACGGAAGGUGAGAGUUAACCUUCCAUUGCACAGAUGAGCAGUGACCCAAACGUCAUAAGCUCAGCAGCAGUUGUGGAGCCAGCUCUGGACUCCAUGGUUGUGGUCAGGGAGACAGAUAUCCCAUCUGCUCUUGUUUCUCCUUUCACAGUUUGCCUGUGGUUUAGUGGGGGUGGUGUGGCUCCCACAAGUCGAUUCAUAGGGUGAGAAUCCUUUGUCAGGAUGAAGGAGAGGUGAUGGGAUUUGGACAUGGGCAUCCAGGGCCUCAGCUCUAUUUCUCUUCUAGGAGCUUCAGAAAAGA